GGAAUCGGCUCGAGAUCCUACAAAGGAGUGACCGACCAGAGUGGGAUCAGGUCUCUCUCUCUCACACACACACACACACACUCUCACACACACACUGGCUCUUCUCUCUCCAGAGCAUAUCAGGGGGUGCAAGCAGCGACGCCAAAAAAAAACAACCCUGUCUUGGACUUUGGGUUUGCGCAGCUCUGUGCAACUUAAUAUGGACAGCUGCCAAUGACUGAACUACACAUCUGGGGCAGUGGAAUGAGUGUGAACAAAUCAGAGCAAGGCUAGUAACAACAUGGCUGCUCAUCGCAUCCGAGUGACCAACAACAACAACGUCCUCCCGCGAUGCAAGUCAGAAGGCACGCUGAUCGACCUCGGCGAGGACGUGUCUGAGGCCAGUCUCACGGAAGUCAAAGUGCCUUCACCCAGUGCCUUGCGGUUGGACACCACUGCAUCUUUUGGGACCGCGCAAGAAGUAGUCGCCAUCAAGGACUACUGCCCCUCCAGCUUCACCACGUUAAAGUUCUCCAAAGGAGAUCGCCUGUAUGUGUUGGAUACAUCCGGAGGAGACUGGUGGUACGCGCACAACAACACCGAGAUGGGAUACAUUCCCUCUUCGUAUGUCCAACCUGUUGGCUAUCGGGACUCUUGUUUCAGUGACAGCGGAAUGAUCGACAACCUAGGGGACUCCUCGGACGAAGGCGUGAAGGAGUUAGACCUGCUCGGAGAGUGGACCGGAAUGUCCCUGAAGCUCCCUUCACCUUACAACAGCAAAAACAACCCAUUUUCUACAAAUCCAUUUCUCAACGUGCAGAACCAGCUACAAGACCAGAACGGCGCGCAACACAACAGCGUCGACCUACUUCUGUUCGACUCUCUGACUCCAUCUGCUCCGAUGUCCACUACCAGCAGCAACAGCACCAGUAACGGAUAUGGCAGUAGCAUUUUUGACGGCACGCCCACCAGCCCUAACGUGGAAACCUUGCAAGUGUUCCGCAAGGACAACCCAUUUUUCCGGAGCAAAAGAUCCUACAGUUUGUCCGAGUUAUCGGUCCUACAGUCUCAGUCAACUCCUCCUUUGCCACCAUCUGAGUUCUUUACAGGUCUUAAAGCGCCGUCUCCAGAGCAGUUUAAGAGCAGAGAGGACUUCAGGACGGCUUGGUUGAACCAUAGGAAGUUGGCACGCUCGUGUCAUGACCUCGAUUCUUUGGGACAGAACCCGGGCUGGGGCCAAACACAACCAGUUGAGACUAAUAUCGUUUGUAAGCUGGACAGCUGUGGUGGGGCGGUUCAGCUGCCAGACACUAACAUCAGUAUUCAUGUUCCAGAGGGUCACGUCGCAGAGGGAGACACCCAGCAAAUCUCCAUGAAGGCCUUACUGGAUCCCCCACUGGAACUAAACAACGAUAGAUGUACCACCGUCAGUCCUGUAGUCGAGAUCAAACUGAGCAACAUGGAGAUAAAGUCGUUCAUAACCUUGGAGAUGAAAGUAUCUGUAGAGGUGAAGAAAGAGAGCAGACAAAUGACGAAGGUCGUUUGCGUGAGGGGUGACAGUAAAGAUGGCCCGUACGUCCCGGUUCCUCAGGCUUAUAUAUACGGUGACACGGUUCAGGUUCAGCUGGACAGCCUGGAACCGUGUAUGUAUGUCGCAGUUGUGGUCCAGUCCCACAACAUCUCCUUUAAUUUAACAGUUUGGGAUCAAGUGGUGAAGAAAAUCACGUUGGGCCUGUACGGACCCAAGCACAUUCACCCGUCCUUUAAGACCGUGGUGGCUGUUUUUGGACACGAUUGCGCGCCCAAGACGUUGCUCGUCAGCGAAGUCGGGAAGCAAGCUCAGUCUGCACCGCCUGUCGCGCUCCAGCUGUGGGGGAAGCACCAGUUUGCCCUCAACAGGCCUCAAGACCUUCUAAUAGGCAUGUACUCGAAUAUGAGCAACUACGAGGUGAAAACGAACGACCAGGCCAGGGUGGUCCGGGGCUUUCAGGUAAAACUCGGCAAGGUGAGUCGGCUCAUAUACGUCAUCACGUCUCGGGACGCGCAAGAGUUGUCCGACUUCACCUUACGGGUCCAGGUGAAGGACGAUCAGGACUGCAUCCUCGCGCAAUUCUGCGUCCAGACGCCACAGCCGCCUCCCAAAACCGGAAUCCGAGCCAACGGCCAGCGGAGGUUCCUGAAGAAGAAGGAAGUAGGGAAAAUCCUGUUGUCCCCUUUGGCCAUCACGACGAAAUACCCACAGUUCCAAGAGCGCUGCGUCACCAACUUAAAGUUUGGUAAACUGAUCAAGACGGUGAUCAGGCAAACAAAGAACCAGUAUUUGCUGGAAUAUAAGAAGGGCGACAUCGUUGCCUUGCUAAGUGAGGAGAAGAUCAAAUUGAAAGGACAAUUGUGGACCAAAGAGUGGUAUAUCGGUUACUAUCAGGGAAAGACCGGACUUGUGCACGUGAAAAACGUGCUCGUCUUGGGAAAAGUAAAGCCCAUAUACUUUUGCGGCCCAGACCUCACGACCACGAUGCUGCUGGAACAAAUCCUCAAGCCGUGCAAGUUCCUUACCUACAUUUACGCCUCUGUGAGGACCAUACUAAUGGAGAACUUGGGCAACUGGAGGGCAUUUGCAGAUGCCCUGGGUUACGGUAAUCUGCCCUUGACUUACUUCUGCAGGGCAGAUAUGGACAGUGAGCCUGAGAGAGUGGCUUCUGUGCUGGAGAAACUCAAAGAGGAGUGCAACAACAUGGAAAUGAAGGAGAAGAAAUCUUUUCAGAAGGAGCUCAUGAUGGCUCUGUUAAAGAUGGACUGUCAGGGUUUGGUGGUGCGUCUCUUGCUGGAUUUCGUGCUCUUGACGACGGCGGUGGAAGUGGCUCCUCGCUGGAGGGAUCUGGCCGAGAAGCUCUCUCGCGUCUCCAAGCAGCAGAUGGACGACUACGAAGCUCCACACAGAGACCGAAACGGAGCGAUGGAUGCCGAGGCCAUGUGGAAACCAGCGUACGACUUCCUGCUGACGUGGGCGGCUCAGAUCGGCGACAGCUACCGCGACGUGAUCCAGGAGCUCCAGCUGGGUCUGGACCGCAUGAAGAACCCCAUCACCAAGCGCUGGAAACAUCUCACAGGCACACUCGUCCUCGUCAACUGCCUCGACAUGCUACGGAGCUCCGCCUUCAGCCCCGCCUCCCAUGACGAUUUCGCCAUCUAGAGCGCGGCGUGGUGCCGACCAUCUCUUAUUACGGACUGUCCUGCAUGUUUUACCUCAGUAGGACCCGUGACGGAUCGGACUGUCUUCUCCUCACAGUUUGACCUUUGACCUCUUCCGUCCGUCUCUCCGUCGCAGUUUGAAUGAAACGCGCGAAGGCGAAAACACUCUCGCCGGUUCGCUCUCGUUGUUUUUUUUUUUUAGCCAGCGCGUUUACUUUUUAUACACUUUUUAGACUCCGCUGUAAAUUAUUUCCCCGAAAUGAAACACAUCACGUAACGUCUACUAACGCGGCACCGCGCCCCUUUAUCUCAUCACGUGAAGGUUAUCGUAAAGCGUUUUGUCCUUUCAAGCAUCCUGUCUACUCUGCUUAUUAUUAUUAUUAUUAUUAUUAUUGUUAUUACUGUUAUUAAGACAAACGGACAAUCAGAUAGAAAUGUAGAAAUGAUGCUAGGAUUGCACUCGUUGUGAAUUAGCGAGUCGUCUGGAUUUUACGUGCGUGCGUGCGUGUGUGUGUGUGUGUGUGUGUGUGUGUCUUUUUAAAAAUGUCAGUGUCACACGUUGUUUCCGAAAGUGAUCGACUGUUGGAAUUGUCGUAAAAUGCUUUGUUUCGUUUCAUCUUCUUCGAUGAGGCUGAGGCUACUCACGGUAAACUGUCUCUCCAAUGACAAUCGCCGUCCAAAACCGCUGAAACUCCGCCCACAGUCCGAGCUACAGUCAUUCCGCAUUCGUUAAGGUAGUCUGGCGGUGUUUUCUCUCCGCUCUAUGAGGUGUAUGAGGAGUUUGGACGGUAAAACGCGUAGAAUCCUCCGCAGUUACUGUUAUUUUUAUGGUGUUUCUAAAAAAAAAAAAAAAACGUCAUGUCGCUACGUCGUGCGUGCUUUUUUUUACGUGAAUCUGAUUUUACAUGAAUCAACUCGAAACGUUCUUUGAUAUUUUUUUUUUUGCCUGGGACAGAGAGCGAGAGUGCCCAGUUGAGAACACGUGAGAUUCUGGGGAAGAGGGGGCGGGGCUUCCAAUACUCACGUACUCCGACGUUAAAGCGCAGUGUAAGCGCAUCAGAAGUAAACAGUACUGGAUAUUGCGACAGCGUAAAAAAAAAAAAAGCAAUUAAACCACCGCACUAGCAUCUGAACUUCUCUUGGCCUGUUUCUCAUUUUUAAACCUGACACAGUGCAUUAUGGGUAAUAGGCUCUCGCUCACGUCAUGUUCGAACCAAAUUGUCCAGGAACACUACCGAGCGAUCGAUCGUACCGUGAAGGAAAACUGAUAAAGUGCUUCUGUCAUUGCCAAAUACUGAUCCGUGUUAAGUGUUAAGUGUUCAGUUGCAGUAUUAUUCACGACCCAGCUCUUCCUGCUAUAUUCCCUUCCUUUGUUUUUUUUAAAUACGUGAACGUUUCGACGUGUUGCUCCGCGUGUUGCUCAUGAACCUGUGUUGUUGUUUCUCAGUGUGCAGUGUUAAGCUCCACACGCUUCACUCCGCACUCGUCUGCCGAGUCGAUCCGAUCCGACCCGACCCGACCCGACCCUCACUUCCGUCCCCUUUAACGGACGAACCGUGGGAAACCGUAGGCUCUCUCACACACGCACACGUCCUAGUUUCAGCCACGUGUUUCAAGACGUUGCCGUGUGUACGUUUUCUUCGAAUCGAGUCAAUAAAUGCGCCGGAAAACGUU